AUGGCCGACAUCCUCCAUACCAGUCCGAACGACUGGAAGUACGUCUCUGAAGGCGGCGCCACUAUCGUCUUCUCGUAUAAAGGACCUCCAAACCCGGAUUUCGACGGCACGGUCCUGCGGUUGAGAAAAUCCAUCGUUCCCGCUAAUGGCGCGAAGAGGGUUGCCCACGCUUCGUUCGCCCAAGAGGAGCCCGAUGACCCAACCAUCGAGUACCAGGCCAAGUGCAUGGAGAAACUCAUACCUCCCGAACACCUACCUCGCCUGGAGACUGUAUUUUUGAACAAGGAGUGGCUCCGUAAAUUAUCUGACUUGAAGGACGCCCUUCGGCCAGAAGGACGGAGAGCAAAGGAUGAGAUUGAUCUUAACAGAAAGAAGGGCGUUCUCGCGACAGAUCUGGUGGGCGGAAAUUGGGUCGCAGUUGAAAUCAAACCAAAGUGGGCUUUCUUGCCUUCUCCGACACAUCUCUCAACGGAAACGAAAAGCGUCAAAACACAAACUUGUCGGUUCUGCAUGCAUUCACAUCUCCGUUCACAAGAAGGAGAGAAAGUAGUCACCGAUUACUGUCCCCUCGAUUUAUUCUCUGGUCAGAAAAGUCGUGUCCUCAAUGCUAUCAACAGCCUGUGGAACGCUUGGCUCGCGAGCGAGGCGACUGUCAAUAACCUCAAGAUCUUUUCCCGGGGAAAGUUUCUGCGACCUUCUGAAGCUCAUGCCAUGUUGGCCGACAACACGAGUAAGGAAACACAACUUGACACAAUCCGCGACACGUUCGCCGCUGCUUUGGUUCGAUACUUGCUUCAGACCCCAGUUUUAAGCAUUUUGUCUAGGCUGCAACGCAAUCUUGAUGUCCUUGACAUCGAAGGACUGUCCAAGCUUUGGAAAUUCACAGAAUCGUCAGCACCCCUCUACCGCACGACAUUUGCUUCAUUCUUUGAGCAGACGUCGGACAGCCCCUCCUCGGCCCCUCCUUCGACACCGCUAGGCGUGAGCUCGCUUUUCCUGAAUGCCCCAGAGCCUAGCAUUCCCGAUUGGAUAGAUUUCCUGGACAAAUACCUUUCCUCUGAUCGUCCAGAACUGGAUCAUAAUAAUCCAUCUCCAAAGUACCUCCAUUACUACCUACUCGCCUACCUUCUUUCUGCGACCUUCAAGGAUUGUUCUAUCAUUAUUCGGAUGGACAUGCUCGAACCUGGAACCGAGCCCACAGCGGACAUCAGACCUGAGUCUGUCACCGUCAUCGAUCUGGAUCCGAAAAGCAUGGACAAGCUUAGAGGUUGGGAGAAACUAGACAAUGACAUUGUCCGCACCUAUUCCUCUGCACAGAAGAAAGUUUGUGUCGACGAGUGGCAAGCGCCGAGAUAA